GGUCUUCCACGCGGAAGUUUCAUAACAGUACAGUUAUGUAUGUAAACAAGACUUGAGUGACUUCUCUGAAAACGCUUCAUCUGACGCUUUAAAGGACAACAUGGUUAAUAUCGGUCUGACGAAAGUAGACGACGAUUUAGCGGCGAAACACCCGGGGCUACAGACCUAUGCUGCCUGUCAGUCUCAUGCCUUCAUGAAGGGGACUGGGACCUUUAUACUGGGGGCUGCAGGGCUUUUUGGCAUUCAGAAGGCUCUACAGAUGAAGCUGCCUUACCCUCUCCAGUGGAAUCUACUAAUUUCAAUAGUGGCAUCAUCAGUGGCCAGCUAUGCAGUGACUCGCUGGGAAACGCAGAAAUGCACAGAUCUUUGGUUGUUGCUAGAGACAGGCAAAGUCCCAGACAGAUCGCCACCAGCAGCACCUCAACCAAAGGGAUCAAAAGGACCUGAGAAGACAAAAUAUGGCGACGUAAUGGAGUAAACAUAUUCAAUUAUUUACUAUUUUUAUCCAUAAAAUAUACCAAAUUAGAACUUGCUGUGAAAAGUGUAUUAUAAUUUAUAAUUGAAGUGCUUUUCAUCUUUCUUUAUGCGCUACACAAGUGUGUGUGUGUGUGUGUGUGUGUGAUUUUUAUGUUUUGGUUUGUGUCUGUUUCUAAUUGCAUAACAGCUUUAACAUUUGGAUUAAAAGAUGGGUUCGCUAAACCGCAGGUUGGGCAUUGGGUUGGGUGUUUAGAGCAGGAAUCUGAUGCUAAGCUUGUGAUCUGGUAUUAUUAUUAUUUGGAUGUGUUGGUUUGUCAUGCAACAGAAUUAAGCCUGCACUGUCCAAACCACUGAGGGGUCAAGCUGGUUCACUACCAGAUUCUUUCUUUGAACUAUGUGAUCUUAAGAUGAACUUUAAAGACUAUAUAGAGUAAAUCUUUGUCAAGCAAAUCUUUGGAAAUAUUUUACCACUGCUGCUUUCAGCCACUACAGGAUUAAUCUGUUGUGAUCAUUUAUGUGGCACUGCAAUGAAGCCCGCAUGUAUACAAGACUUGUUGCAACUUCUCAUUUUUGUGCAUUUUAACAUUAAGAAAAUUCCAACAUAUACAGUUUCCAUGUCAGGUUUUUUUGUUGAUUCAUGUUCUGGGUUUUUGCCACCCUGCUAAGCAACGCUUUUUGUUUAGUUAAAAAAAUCACUGUUUUUGGGAACUCCUGCUUCCUGCUCUCCUAUAUCUCCUACAGUGAGAAAAGGAAGCAGCAGAUGCCUCGGUCAAUUCAAAUGUGUUUGCCAGAGGGCAUUUAAGUUCUACCUCCACCCCUCUAUCAACUCUGUUAUAACUUUACAGCUGAGUUUGUCUCAUUUGUUUAUUUAAAUAAAGUCAGCCCAACCAUUUACUG